CCUAAAAAAAUUUCUGCCGAACUGAACUUCAUUUUGCAUAGCAGAGAAGAGAGCUUCAACAAUGGCAGAAAAUCAAUCAUCGAUAGCAAGAACAUUCCCAGUAAAGCCAAAACUCAAACCCACUUCAUCAAAUUCCACUACUCAAACACCCGAAUCCAAAUACUGGAAAUCCUUCAAAACUCCUAAAGACACCCAAACCCAAACAUUGGUUUCAUCCAUCAACUCCAUCUCCUUCUCACCAACAUCCCCACACGAUUUCGCCGCCACACAUUCCGCCACCGUGUCAAUUUUCUCAGCACAAACCCUAGAACCCAAAACGACAAUCUCAUCUGCGUUUAAAGACACUGUAACCACCGCUUCUUUCCGUUCUGACGGUCGUUUAAUCGCAGCCGGUGAUCUUUCCGGUGCAGUUCAAGUUCUUGAUAUCAAGACACGUGUCCCACUCCGUCGCUUACGUGGACAUACCCGACCCGUUCGGGUUGUCCGUUACCCACGCUCCGAUAAGCUCCACCUCUUCUCAGGUGGUGAUGAUGCUAUUGUUAAGUAUUGGGAUAUUGCUAGUGAGUGUAAAAUUUAUGAUCUUUUAGGGCAUAAAGAUUAUGUGAGAUGUGGCGAUGUUUCGCCUGUUAGCGAUGAUAUGUUUGUUUCGGGGAGUUAUGAUCAUACGGUUAAGGUUUGGGAUGUUAGGGUGCUGAAUUCGGGUUGUGUGAUGGAGUUUGAUCAUGGGAAGCCUGUUGAGGAUGUCGUUUAUUUGCCAUCUGGUGGGUUAGUUGCGACGGCUGGUGGGAAUUCCGUGAAGAUUUGGGAUGUUUUAGGAGGUGGGAGAUUGUUGUAUACGAUGGAAGGGCACAACAAGACUGUUACGUCAAUUUGUGUUGGUAAAAUUGGGAAGGAUAGUGGUAAGGAAGCGCAACAAUAUAGGAUUUUGAGUGUGGGGUUGGAUGGAUAUAUGAAGGUUUUCGAUUAUGGGAAGUUUAAGGUUACUCAUUCUAUGAGGUUUCCGAAUCCUUUAAUGUCUGUUGGGUUUUCGCCUGAUUGUUCUACGAGGGUGAUUGGGGCGUCUAAUGGGACGUUGUAUAUUGGUAAGAGAAAGGUGAAGGAGAGUGAAAGUAUGGAACUUGCGGAUUUUGGUGGUUUUCGUUCGGUUGAGGAGCCUCGGAGUAGGGUGUUGAGGCCAUCUUAUUUUAGGUAUUUUCAGCGGGGGCAAAGUGAGAAGCCAUCUGAAUGGGAUUACUUGAUUAAGAAGCCUAAGAAGAUAAAGGUGGCUGAGCAUGAUAAGUUGUUGAAGAAAUUUAUGCAUAAGGAGGCUUUGUUAGCUGCUUUGAAUGGGAAGAACCCCGAAAAUGUGGUUGCUGUUAUGGAGGAAUUGGUUGCUAGGAAGAAGUUGUUGAGAUGUGUGUCGAACUUGGAAACUGAAGAACUUGGUUUGCUUCUAAGGUUUCUGCAGAGGAAUUCAACCAUGCCUAGAUUUUCAAGGUUUCUGAUGGGAUUGACAAAGAAAGUUGUUGAGAUGCGAGCUGAAGAUAUUAAAUCAUCAGAUGAACUGAGAGGUCACAUUAGAAAUCUUAAACGAGACGUCGAGGAGGAAAUAAGAGUGCAACAGACAUUGCAACAGAUACAGGGAAUUGUUUCUCCUCUGCUCAAGAUUGCUGCAAGGAGAUGAUAAUUGCUUAUUGUUGCGUGUCAAUUAUCUGGCUGAUCAUUUUGCUUUUCUGCUAUCGUUUCCUUCAAUUUAGUGAACCACAAAAAGUUUUGACAUCAGAUUGUAGUAUUCCUUCAAGAAAUUUUGUUCUUUUAUAUAGGAUUGUUAAAGCUUAUCCUUACAAUUUGGCUGAAUUGGAUUAGUUGCUAAUUGGCAUUGGUAGCAACUGGUGUACUUGGAAAUCUUUGAGCCUCACUAUUUCUUCUUUAUGUAAUUGAUUUGCUCUGAAUUUAUGAAUUAUUCUCCUCAUGUUGGAAGGAUUAAUUGGUUUUCUUGUUUUUGGAAUUCAAUUUUCGUUUCUUCAGCAUACAAAUAAGGUUUUUCCCUUUAAUAUCUAUGAUAUUGGGCA